AUGAUUAAAGCCAAUCAUGACUGGAAGAAAUUCGUUUGGGAAGUUGAGCCUUUGCCAAGAAGUACGGUCUUUUCUGAAUCAGAAAAUGAUGUAAAAGACGAAGAUGUCAGGGAACCGCCUGUUUUUGCAGAGAAACCGACAGUUGAAGCCAAGAAGGAGAAGCGUAAGCUAAAUGAUCCUGGUGCUGAGUCUCGAAAGAAACAACUACUUUGUCAACAGGCAUCUGAACAUAACACUGGUGUCUCUGGUGAAAUGAAGUCCUUUAUUGAGGGUAUGUUCACCUCUUUCAAGGAGAUGAUGCAGAAGGACCUCCAAGAGUGUUUUGACAAGGUCGGCACUGAGGUGGCUCAUAUUAAAGAAAAAGUGUCUCAGAUUACAUGUCCUUCAGAUACAGUGGGGAAAAGCAAAGCAGAUGAGAUUCCGACUCCUUCAGGAUCACUUGGGAAUGAUCAAGAAACAUCAUCACAGAGUCCGGGUCCUUCAGCAACACUUGGGAAAGAUCAAGCCAAAUCAUCUCAGAGUCCAUGUCCUUCAGCAAGAAAAGGAAGAGGCAAUGCAGCUGAGAGUGUGAAUCCUCAUCCGCUUCGUCGUAGUCCUUGA